UUCUGUGUGGCUGUCAAACUGGCUGUCGUUGUUGCCUUAACCGCGAGCUCUGCACACACAAACGAAUAGAAAAUUUGGCCGUGGAUAAACGCACUACAUUUCGUUCCGGAUUAAUUCCGCAUAAAGUUGCUUGAAACCAGUGCAGCCGUUCCCAAACGUGAUUGUUGAAAGUUAGUGAAUUUUCGUGCUUUCGAAGCGAAGACCAGUGGUCGGAAUUAUUAGCUCUAACGGGAGUGGUGAUUCAUAAAUUAAAUUGUGUCCUGCACUCGUGGUUGUGACGUGAAGAAAAAAGCAGGAAGCGCAUACAUUUUUUGCGUUUUGGCUCUAAAGCUAGCCAGUUGAUGUUAUGAAAAGUCUCGUUCGAUAAGCGUGUACUCAGUGCGUGACAAAGCACCAGCGCGUCGAAGUCUUGAAAGUGUGUAAAUACAAGAAAUAAGCCAAUUUUAGUUUUAAUCGCGCAAUAACUAGGAAACCUUUGGUUGCGCAAAAAAAAAUAAAGAAACGGGAAGCGGAUCGUGAUGUAUUUUUACAAAAACAAAUUGCUGUUGCCGGCGCAGCUGAAAAAGCUCGGUGACCACAAGUAUUCAUGUACCAACGUUAGCAUGUUGGAUCCGUUCCUGCAGCCCUGGUGGUGCUGGCUGGUUGGGAAGGUCCCGCUUUGGCUUGCCCCGAAUCUAAUCACAAUCGUCGGUCUGAUUGUCAACAUCAUCACCACCCUUAUUCUAAUCUACUUUAGUCCGAACGGUCGGGAAGAGCCACCCCGGUGGGCGUGUGCGUUGUGCGCCCUUGGACUCUUCUUCUACCAAAGCCUAGAUGCCAUCGACGGGAAGCAAGCCCGCCGAACGAACUCAUCGUCACCGUUGGGCGAACUGUUCGAUCACGGGUGCGAUUCGAUAUCGACCGUGUUCGUGGCCCUGGCGGCGUGCAUAUCCGUCCAGCUUGGCUACUACCCGCGGUGGAUGUUUUUCCAGUGCUUCUGUGCAAUGACACUGUUCUAUUGUGCCCACUGGCAGACGUACGUUUCCGGGACGCUUCGGUUCGGCAAGAUCGACGUGACGGAAGCGCAGUGCACCAUCAUCGGAAUCCAUCUGAUAUCGGCCGUUUUCGGUCCCUCGAUUUGGAUGACUAAACUUCCGAUACUGGGUGGAAUCGACAUUAGGAUAGUGCCACUUUACUUUGCCGUUUUUGUGUUUGGGCUGCUCGCGUACGAGAACGCAUCCGUGAUCUUCACGGGAGGCGUCGGCAAGAAUGGAUCAACAGUGGCCGGAACCAGCGUCCUAUCGCCCAUCAUACCGUUCCUGUUCGUGGUGGUGCCCGCCUACGUUAUCUCGCAGAAAUCCACCGAUCAUAUCUACGAGAAUUACCCGUCGCUGUACAUUAUGGCCUUUGGGAUGAUAACGGCUAAGGUGACUAAUCGAUUAGUGGUUGCCCAUAUGACAAAGAGUGAGAUGGAGUACUUGGACUGGGGUCUGAUAGGGCCAUUAUGUCUGUUUUUGAACCAGUACUUCAACAGUUUCCUUCCAGAGUACUACAUUCUGUGGUUCGCGAUGCUCUGGUGUUCUGUUGAUCUAAUUCGGUACUGUGGUCAGGUGUGCUUGGAGAUCUGUGCCUACCUAAAGAUCGAGUUGUUUCGCAUCCCGUACCCACCGAAGCCGCUAAUGACAUCACAAGGUACGAAUCCACCCCAUCAACAUCAUCACGAAGGUAAAAAUGGCGAACACUAACGUAUGCAGGAGAAGGUUUCAGUUAAUUAGUUAAAAAAUAUUGUGUUACCCAUUCGUGAAAUCUAUUGUAAAAACUUUAAAAGUGGCUCCCAAACCCAUUAUUUGUGUUUUCAGAGAUUUUGUUUAAAGCCUGCUUAUUUAUUAAAAAAAAAAAUAAAUAAAAAAAAAAGUAAAGGACAGGAUCACAGUUUGGGCUCAAAUACCAUCAAUACGUUUGAGGCUCUUAAAGAGGCGAAGGAUUUUGGGUUCUGACUUACCUUCUUAUCCAUGAACUGCCGCAAACGCAAAUAGCUCUCGCAAGUCAUUUUAAUUUAUCUACUGCAUAUUAUUAGAAAAGCAAAAAUAAGUAAACCUUCCGUAGUUUCAUGAAAUGCCCAUUGUGCUUUCUGCAAAUGCUAAGCGAUAGCAUGACUGUCCUAAUUUACUCGAAAGCUACAAUUGCUUCCUAAGGACCGAUCCCUGUGACCAGAAUUUUUACUUAUCGCGAUAUUACCUGUGUGCUGUAUUACACAUUUUAUGUGACUUACAUUAUCAAUAUUGAUAGUAAGUGACGUUUCAUUAAAUUAAUAACAUUGUGUUUAACACGAAAGUUAUUUUCAACAAAAAAAAAAAAAAGAACAUUUUCGGUAUAAUCGACUGUAGAGUUUCGUUGGGAUUUUUUUGUUUAAAUUGUUGUAACAUUAUGUGAUUAACAAAAUCAACUAGUUGGUAAGGCGAAUGAGGGUUAAAAAAUCACAAAAAAAAAACGCGUUUCCGAUGUCCCUCCCUGUAAAAAGACUGUACCGUACCUUCGGACGAAGCGUAAAACACCGGGCACACACACCCGCUUGCAAUGGCUUUCCCUUUACGUUUGCUAACUUUUUGUUAUCCUUUCGUAUCCAAUCUAGUUAUCAUUUGCAUUAAAGUCAUUUGUUCUUUACUUCUACCUGUAAGUGGUGUCCGUGCAAGAAACUGAGCAGUGUAAAACACAAAAAAUAGCAGGCAGUUUGAUAAAGUUUUAUUUAUCAAUUCUAUUUCACAUAAAGGUGGGCGUUACUAACAACCGCGCUAGAUAGAUGUGGUGCAUUGUUAACCGGAAGAAUGUUUUUCGAGUAGAAAAUAAAAAGACAAAUACAGCUAGCUAAAUGCCAACUAAUGUGCAUUUACCGAAUGCCUCGCGAUUAAGGUUUUUUUCCCAUAAAAAUGCUUUGGUAUCGGAAACUAACUAAAAAAAGAAAAGAAAAAUGUAACACGAGGAUAAGGCGAAAAUGCAAACAGGAAUUUCGGUUAUAAUCUAGAGUGCGUAUUAGACUCAUACCACUGUUGCCAGUAUGUUAAUUGUUUCGAUAAAUAGAGUGAUGUUCAAAAUGAUGAUGA